CUGCGGGCAGCCGGUACGAUCGCAUCACAUCCAAGUGGAGCGAACGGAUCCGAGUUCAAUUAAUCGGUCGGAUUAACGUUGUCUCCGGAUAUCAAUGGUGUCGGAUUAACGGGGGGUGUACUUUUCUGUUGGUCGCAGAUUUAGUGCGGCGCCGCGGCGUGCGGCGUCGCCUAGCGGGGGGUGAGGCGUCGCUCGUAAAGCAUCGGUCGGCACAUUCUACUGACGCGCGCCUUGGCGACUACGCGUUGCGUAACACACCGCGCCAUAAACAACACGACGUGAACCGAUCAGGCUCACCACCUGACGUACCUACCACCUACCACGUACCAUUCACCAUUUACCACGUACCGCUUACCACGUGCCGCAUUAAGUAUUACCCUCAUGAUCUGAUCCAAAACGCCGACACGUGACUCGGCGGAGUGAAACUAUCGGAACUCUUUAGAACUGUGUGUUGUGAAGAAGUUUAUAGUAGAAGCGGGAUGACGCGCGAACGUUUGCCGACGGCGAACGGCGUUCGGAACGCUUAAGGUACAUAAUUUUAUAUAGAAGCCUGUGGUCCUGAUAAUAAUAUCGAUUAGCUGAGUUUCUGAUGAGGAUACAGCGUCCGAUAGCAGAUCGUGAACCGACAGUGGAAGUGGAAUCUACUGCUGCUGUUCAGUGAAUGGAAUCCGAAGUGUUUGUGUAGUGAGGGACGGAUAUAGUGACAGUGUCGGCCUCUUCGGCCGAAAACCUGCAACGGAAGAUACGGACGCGAGCCACGCGGGCUGUGGGCCCGCGAUGAGCGCCAACAAUUGCGAUAGCAUGACAUAUUUCUCUAACGCAUACGUCCCAGACAUGAGGAACGGGGGCCAUGAUCACCAGCAGGCGCACGCUCAUUACGGUGCUGUGCCGCAGCAGGGACACGAAAUGGACGGUUGUGAUCAACAGCUCAGGCCUGCACAACAUCACUACUCGGCGCAGACGGCGCCUGGGAUGCCCUAUCCAAGAUUCCCACCAUACGACAGAUUGGGUUACUAUCAACAAAUGGAACAGAAUGGAUAUCGGCCCGAUAGUCCAUCACAGAUGGGUCAUAUGGGUCCGAAAUCGGAUGGAUAUGGCCCUAAUGGUCACCAACCACCGGCUCCAGCGGUCUACCCUUCGUCGUGCAAAGUACAAGCAGCAGCCGCGAUGGCGGGUGGUGUCCCUGGGAGUCCUCCACUGGAACAGGCCCAGCAAAUGCCUCACCACAUGCAUCCCCAGCAGCACAUGGCCCAGCACGGGAUGCCGCCGCAUCAGCAGCACCUCAUGUAUCCCGUGGACGACAUGCAGCACCAGACGCAGAUGCCUCCCAUGCAUCAGCAGUCGAUGCACGCACAGCAGGCACCUCCUCAACAACCACCGCCAAAUACCAAUGCGUCGUUACCAAGUCCGCUCUACCCUUGGAUGAGAAGUCAAUUUGAGCGGAAGCGUGGUCGGCAAACGUACACCCGGUACCAGACCCUGGAACUGGAGAAGGAGUUCCACUUCAACCGCUACCUGACGAGGAGGAGACGCAUAGAGAUCGCACACGCGCUCUGUCUCACCGAGAGACAGAUCAAGAUAUGGUUCCAGAAUCGACGUAUGAAGUGGAAGAAGGAGAAUAAAACCAAAGGCGAGCCAGGGUCGGGAGACGAACCUGACAACAUGAGUCCACCGACAUCGCCACAAUAAUAGAAACCUUCACGCGGUCCAAGCGACUUUCUUAAGCCAAAAUUGGUUUGUCCAUUUAUUUUCAUACGGAAUUUGUGUUGAUAUUAAAACUGAUACGGCUAAAGGGGUUUCUGGUACGGUUUGAUUUGUAUAAAAUGUACGUUGGACUUUAAGUAAAUAUUACAUUAUAUUAACUAAUACGUAACUUAGUGACUUGAAGUAAAGAGUAAUGCUAGUGUGAAGAGAUUUUUACAGUUGUUAAGUAUAAAUUAAUUUAUAUAACAAUCUCAAUACCAAUAAUUACCAAAAAUACGCGUUGUAUAUGAUUACUGAAGCGACAUCAGCUGUUAGUGACGACAUUAUGUAACCAGUUUUUGGAAAAUUUUGUGAAUUCCUUAUGUUCGUGUGACUGGCGCAUAGCUUUCAUUUCUCCUUGCAUAUAACGUCUUAUAGAAUUAUUUAAUGUUAUGUAUAAACGUAAUAUCCGUUCGCAAUUGUAUUAACCAAAAGUUCAUUUUGUUAUCUAUCGCAUCACAAAAAACCGCAAGGACCUCUUAUGAAUAACCAUUGACGAGACGGCGAUUAGUAACUAUAUUGUUAUUAUUUAAUAUAUUCGAUGUUUUAUUUCUUAAUUAAACUAUAUUAUGUAAAUAUAAACGAACAAACAAACAACUAUAAUUUUAGAUUAUAUGAUUGUGUACAAUUGUUUUAGUGUGAAUAAUUAUUGUGUAACGACUAAUAUCAUGUUCUCGUUAGUUUUACAGGAAGUAGUAUUUAUUUGAUAUGUCUUCACAGUUUCGUAUCUCAGGAUGGAGGCCAGUCCUAAAGUGCAAUGUAUACGAUUUUGGGGUACACAUAUACGUAAUUAAAUAUUAAAAAAAAUAUAUAUAUAUUUAAUAUUGUUGUAAAAUGCAAGGGUGAAGCUUAAAUUAACUUACUUCUAUAAAAGUUGGUAGUGUUUUUUCGGGAUAUUUGUGGGAAAGUUAAUGUACUAGAUACGGGAAAUGUUCGAAUGUUAUUAUAGUGAAACAAAAGUUACCCGAGUUUUUUUUUUUUUUUUUGUACGUGAAUCAUAUUAUCUACAUCCCAAUCUUGAUGGAAGAGUGUACACAGUAUACCAAAGUUAGGUUGUAGACCCAGACAGCAAGAUGAACAAUGUUACUCUUAUAUUUUAGUCUCGUUGGGGACAAGAAACGUAUUUUUAUAAAAACAUUGCCUGAAAGUAACCCAUAUACGUAAAAUAUGUUACAUGUAACUACAGUGAUCCAAUAAUUAACUAUAUUUAUUGUAAAAAAAAAAAAAAUAAUUUGUUUCUUUAAUAGAUCCUACGUAUCAUAAGAUUCCGAACGUCUUAUGCAAUUUUUUUUUUCUAUUUUUUUUUUAUCUGUGCUGUGUUCGUUAAGUCAAUGUAAAUUGUAUUGUACAUGAUAUUUAUUUAUUGUUUCGAUGUAGGAUGAACAAUGGCGUCCGGCUGGGAUGUUUAUUUCAAUUUGCUCAAUCUUUCUGUUCAACAAUAUAUUGAAAUAAGUGCAAUUAAUACAAAUCCCGGCCGGAUAUGACGAUUUUUUUGUAAAGAAAAUUAAAGGUUAGUUGUAAUAUGGAAUUAAUUAAGUUACGUUUUUAGAUGUAUCCUUUUCGUGAAUUUCAUUUCUUUAUUUAGGUCCGUAGAAAGAUGGGAUCCUAGACGAUUUUAUUUACAAUAAUUUUCCUAUCAAUUCAAAUUUUAUGAAAUAUUACUAUAAUUAGUGACGUAAUAAUGUUAGGCGAGACGAUAUUGUCAUAAAUAUAUAAAUACAUGAAAUUAAUAAAGCAUAAUGAUUGUA